AUGGCGAAGCGGAAGAAGUCGAUUCGUAGGCCUGAAAUUCUUUCUGAUGAUCGGUCUGAGAAGGUUUCGCCUGUGGCUCAAACGAAGGCAUUGCUUGGUUCAGAGGGAGAUGAUGUCGCUGAACCAAAGCAUGUCAAUCUGAUGGAUUUCAAAAUACCUGGGUCCGGGGUUAUGCAGGAUGGUGAUAUGGAUCGACAGGGCAAGAGUGCCCAGCCUGUAGAGGUGGUGGACGAUGGAUUGGGUUCCGAUUUGAGGAAUGUUUCUUGGGCGGAUAGGAGUGAAGGAGGUGAUAAGGUUACGGAAGGGGAUUUUCAGUCAGAGUCCCAGCUUCAAAGUAAGGGGCAGAAGCUGGUUCAAGUUGAUAUUGAAGAGGUGAAAAUUCAGUCAGCUAAUUGGAGCUCUACUGUGGUUUGCAUGGUGCUUGGAGCAAAUCCUCCAAUGGCAGUGUUUGAAGGCUUUAUAAAAAGAGUUUGGGGUCAUCUAGGGAUUGCCCAAAUUUCUAGAAUGACAUUGGGGCUAACUUUGGUGAAGUUCAAUGAUGAAGCAACUAGAGAUCAUGUGCUUGAGAAUGGAGUUCUUCAAUUUGAUAGAAAACCUGUCAUCAUCAGGCCGUGGACAGCAGAUCUUAGUGCUAUACGUUCGACUCCGCUUUGGAUUCGACUACAUGACCUUGGUUUGCAGUAUUGGGGCAGCAAGUGUAUUAGUGCUUUGGUGAGCACGAUUGGAAAACCUCUUUUAGUAGAUAAGUUUACUAGGGAGCGUUCUCGAGUUCAGUUUGCGAGGGUUUUAGUGGAGAUGGAAAUCACUAAUAAUCCACCUCGAAGCUUUCAGUUUAUCAAUGAGCAUGGCCAGAUUGUUGAACAAGGAAUAGAGUAUGAGUGGGUGCCUACUAAGUGUAAGAGUUGCUCUGGUUUUGGGCAUUCUAUGGCAGAUUGUCGCAAGGAACAUAAGACUAUUUGGGUGGAAAAAGAAGCUCGUUCUAAAGUUGAGAUUCCUUUGGAGCAGCUAAAAGUUUAUGAGGGACUGAAUGAAGGGGAACCAGGUGAGAAAGCCGGUGGGUCUAAAGUAGUAGAAAACUCUGAUCCGAGUACUAGUGAUGUUACUCUUUCAGGGGAGGCCAAUUCUGGUCCGGUUAAGGAGAGGAACAGGGAAGCGAAAUGGCAAACCCCUAGGCAUGUUGCAACUCAGAGUAGACAAGGUCUCACAGCCAGUGGUAACUCUAACCUGGUUGUUGAGAUUCAAAAACAAAACAACCAGUUUGUUGUUCUUCAGGAACAGGAAAAGGGCAGUAAGAUUGGACAUCUUGGAGUCCAAGAUGUGUUUAGGAAGAAUAAGAUUGGAAUUAGUGGUCUGUUGGAAACUAAAUUGCGCGGGAAUAAAAUUGGUGAGUUCAUGGAGAAUAAAUUUCCUAAUUGGGAAUUUUACUCUAGUCCCGUCACAGAGGGUAGACUAUUAAUAGUUUGGCGGAAGGGGAUAGCGAAAUUGAUUAUUUUGGAAGAGUCUCCUCAGCUGGUUCAUUGCCAGGUGAACUUGGUAGGCCACAUGAGUUUAUUCCAUGUCACUUUUGUCUAUGGUUACAAUUCAGUAGAGAAUAGAAGAAGCUUAUGGAAUGAUUUAACUCGCAUAUCGUUCUCAAUCAAAGCUUGGAUAGUCUUAGGGGAUUUUAAUGCCCCUUUUUCUGGUGGAGAUAGGUCUGGUGGUAACCCAAUUGCUAGUAUUGAGUUGGCUGACUCUAUAGGGUGGCUGACUAAUGCAAAAAUUGAGGCUCUUAAGAGUAUGGGUUCUUAUUUUACUUGGACAAACAACCAAGAUGGCUCAGCUAGGAUCUACUCAAAAAUAGAUCAUGUGUUAAUUAAUGAGGAGUGGUUGGACAUGUUUCCUCAGUCUUUGGCUAUGUUUCAAUGGGAGGUGGUAUCUGAUCAUUGUUCUUGUGUAGUGUCUAAUAUCCCCAUGGAGGCUAUGGGAAUCAAACUGCUAGUAAGGUUGAAGCAUAGGCUUAAGAAGUUUAAUAGGGACUGUAUUGGAGAUGUAGGGUCUGGUUAUCGAUCAACUUUGGUGGCCUUUCAAGAUGCCCAAUAUCAAGCCCAAGAGAAUCCUCAAGAUCUCAAGUUGCAGGUGGUGGUGAAGGAGAGGGCUUCUGAGUUUCAUCAACAAGAACAAAUGUAUCAUAGUUUUCUUGCUCAACGUAGUAAGAUCAACUGGGUUAGGAAGGGAGAUAUGAAUUCCUCAUUUUUUCAUGCCUAUCUAAAGAAGCGAAAAGCAGAGAAUACUAUAGUCUCAUAUAUUAAUGAUCAUGGUAUGUUGGUAGAUGACUUUAAGGAGGUGGUGGACCAUUUUGUUGAUCAUUUCAAGAACCAUCUUGGUAGUACUAGUCCUGCUACAGGAACAGUAGACCUACAUUGUAUAGCUUUGGGCACCAAGCUUUCAGUUGAGCAGCAACUUUCUCUUUUAAAACCCUUUUCCAACAAGGAAAUAAGAGCUGCUUUGUUUAGUAUUCCUAAUACUAAAUUGCCUGGUCCAGAUGGAUAUGGUUUAGGUUUCUUCAAGUUUCUUUGGAAGGAUAUUGGUCAGGAUAUAUGCUCAGCAAUCAUACAUGGUUUCUCUACAGGCCAAUUUCCUAAGGAGCUUCAUGAAACUACUUUUUCAUUGAUUCCUAAGGUUUCUAACCCAGCCAGGGCCUCAGAUUACAGAACUAUUGCUUGCUGUUCGACCCUUUAUAAAGUCAUGGCUAAGUUGUUAUGUUCUCGGUUGGCAGUGGUGCUUCCCUCUCUUAUUCAAUCAAAUCAAGGUGCGUUUGUUCGAGGUAGGUCUAUUGCUCACAAUAUCAUGAUUUUUCAAGAUCUAAUUAAGAAUUAUGGAAGGGAUAUUACUUCUCCUCGCUGUGCAAUUAAGAUAGACCUUAGCAAGGCUUAUGAUAUUGUUGAUUGGCAUUUUUUGGAAAAUCUCUUGAAGGCUUACUGCUUUCCAAUGAAGUUCAUUGGCUGGGUUAUGAAUUGUAUCAGGAAUACUACCUAUUCUUUAUUGAUAAAUGGUCGAGUUCAGAGUAGUUUCAAGGGGGAAAAGGGCUUGCGCCAAGGGGAUCCUAUGUCCCCACUUCUCUUUGUGCUCAUUAUGGAAUAUAUGACUAGAAGUUUGCAGUUGGCUGCCAGGUCUCCUUUAUUUCGGUUUCACCCCAUGUGUAAGAGCCUAAAGCUUGUUAACUUGUGUUUUGCAGAUGAUAUUAUUCUGUUUUGCAAAGGCUCUCUUGCGACUGUUAGUGUACUUAAGGAUACUCUAGGGAAGUUUAGUGAGGCUUCUGGGCUGUCAAUAAAUGCUAAGAAGUCUCAUAUUUAUUUUGGAGGAGUUAGUGCAGCGGAUAGAAGAGAGAUAACUCAGGUCAUUCAACUUCCUGAAGAUAACUUUCCCCUUCAUUAUCUUGGGGUUCCUAUGAGGCCUACUAAAUGGAAGCAUGUGGACUGCGAGAUCAUAGUCCACAAAAUGAGAACUAAGUUGUUUUUGUGGUCUAGUAAGCAUCUAUCCUAUGCUGGUCGUUUAUUGCUCAUUCACAUUGUCCUUUUUGGCUUGAGAAACUAUUGGAUGAAUGUGUUUAUUUUACCUCAAAGCAUCAUCAAGGAGGUAGAUAAGUUAUGUAGACUAUUCCUUUGGGGGGCCUCGGUGACUCGUAGUAAACUUCAUUUAGCAUCUUGGCAGCAGGUUUGCCUUCCUAAGGCUUAUGGAGGGCUCGGGCACAGAGAUGGCGCUAGCUGGAAUAGAGCACUUCUAGCUAAAUAUGUUUGGGCUGUCACUACAAAACAGGACACUCUUCGGGUCAAAUGGGUUCAGCAUGUUUACCUGAAGGGGGUUAACUUUUGGAACUAUGUUUUGAAGCAAGAUAGCAGCUGGUAUUGGUGGAAAAUCUGCCAUUUAGGAAACAGAUUCAAUGAAGGAGAGGUGAUUGCUGCUGGUUUUUCUGGGAAAUUUAAGUCGUCCAAGUUGUAUAACAGCUCAUUAAACCAGCAACUUGUGGCUUAUAAGAACGUAGUCUGGUGUCAAACAAUCCUCCCUAAGCACCGUUUCUUGUUAUGGAUGGUGGUCAACUCUUACCUCCUAACUAGAGAUAACUUGGCUAAGUCUAACAUUCUGCUGAAUAGCUCUUACUGUCCAGUUUGUGAAGACCAGUUAGAGAGUCAUCACCAUUUUCUUUUUGAGUGUUGUUUAUCCAAGAGAGUCUUUUCUUGUAUUUUUUCGUGGCUUGGGUUUCAAGCUUGGGCCACCAAGUAUUUGGAUUGGACUGUUAGGCUCAGUGUUGGGAAAAAUGAUAGUUUGAGCAUAAUCCUGAAUAUGGUUCUAGCAGCAGUGGUUUAUCAUAUAUGGAGGAAUAGGAAUAGAUGCAUUUUUGAUGGGUUCUCUUUGACAGCUAACUGUAUUGCAAAAGAAGUAAUUACUUUAGUCCAAUACAGAUUAUACAUUGUUCAUAGUAGGAAGGUUUUCCCUUAUCUCAAGCUUUUCUUAAGGAAGCUUCAAUGUAUGUAG